AUGGCAACUUUUAAAACCAUAAAAAAACACCAUAAACACCUUAAUAAUCCUUUCCCAUCAACCCCAAAAUCUCUGCCUCUUAUUCAAGGUAACCUCUUUUUCAAUCCUUCUUCACUCCCUUGUCACCAUUUUUACUCCAUUGGAACCAAUUUUCAAGCUUUUUGGAGCUCCAAAAAUGGUGGGUAUUUAUCAAUUUCUCAUCUUUCUCAACCUAAAACAUCAAUUUGGUCCACCAUUUCUGGGAAAAGUUUCAUUUCUGCUGCAUUAGCUGAAACAGAGGUAGAAGAAAGCAGAGGAUCAUUUGCAAUAAAAGAUAGCAAAAUCAAUUUAGUAUGUAAACAUCAGAUUAUUGAAAAUAUUCAAGUGAUUAAUCAUGAUUUUGAUGGGAAUUUAGAGAUUAAUGAUCUAGAUUUUCCAUCUGGGUAUCUUGGAUUAGAUCUUAAACAAGCUUCAAAAGGUGCAAAUUCUCCUGUUUUGGUGAUCACAGGUAGAAUUUUCAGAAAACAGAAAAAGUUCCAGAAAUCUGGAAUUCAAGAAAAGUUGAUUGUUGAUGAGAUUGUUUCUUCUUGUUCUGCUAAAUAUUGGGUUCUUUUUUAUCAGAAGAACAAUCAUCAAAUUGGGUUUCAAGUGAAACUUGGUAAACCAAAUUAUGAAUUAUAUCAUCAGAAACCCAAAUAUGUUCAUAAGAAAUCGGGUCGAAUUCGGAGGCGAAGAUUUGGACUAUGGUGGUUUCUUGCAAGGUCUAAAGGUUUAGCAGCUGUGAUUUCAGUUGAAGAUGAUGAAAGAGAGGAAAAGUGGUUGGCAAAAUCUCUAGAGUUUAACAGGAUAUGCAUGACAUAUUUUAGUGAAGGAAAUGAGAGAUUUUAUGGUUUUGGAGAACAAUUUUCACAUAUGGAUUUCAAAGGUAAAAGAGUUCCUAUUUUUGUGCAAGAACAAGGGAUUGGAAGAGGAGAUCAACCUAUAUCUCUAGCAAUCAAUUUGGUUAGUUAUAGGGCAGCAGGUGAUUGGAGUACAACCUAUGCUCCUUCUCCGUUCUAUAUGACGUCAAAGAUGAGAUCUCUUUACUUAGAAGGAUAUGACUACACCAUAUUCGACUUAACAAUGCAAGAUAGGGUUCAGAUUCAGGUACAUGGAAAUUCAAUUGCAGGAGCAAUAUUGCAUGGGAACUCUCCUACUGAGAUCAUUGAGACAUUCACACAAUCAAUAGGAAGACCUCCUGAACUUCCUCCUUGGAUUAUUUCAGGGGCCGUUGUCGGAAUGCAGGGAGGCACUGAGACUGUACGAAAUACAUGGGACAUUUUGAAGACUUAUGAUGUUCCGAUUUCUUCAUUCUGGCUUCAGGAUUGGGUUGGACAAAGAGAAACACUAGUAGGAUCACAACUAUGGUGGAACUGGGAAGUAGACACAACGCGGUAUAGAGGAUGGCAGCAACUUGUCAAAGAUCUCAACAACCAGCAUAUAAAAGUCAUGAGCUAUUGCAAUCCCUGUCUAGCACCAUCUGAUGAGAAGCCAAACAGAAGGAGAAACAUGUUUGAGGAAGCAAAGAAGUUGGACAUACUAGUGAAAGACAAGAAUGGAGAGCCAUACAUGGUUCCUAAUACGGCCUUUGAUGUAGGGAUGUUGGAUUUGACGCAUCCAGAAACUGCACCAUGGUUCAAAAACAUCCUACAAGAAAUGGUUGAUGAUGGAGUCAGGGGUUGGAUGGCUGAUUUUGGUGAAGGCCUCCCUGUUGAUGCUACCCUCUAUUCAGGUGAAGAUCCCAUAGCUGCACAUAACAGAUACCCAGAGUUGUGGGCUCAGAUAAACCGGGAGUUUGUCGAUGAGUGGAAAUCGAGCUGCGUAGGCAAGCAAAAGGAAGACCCUGAAGAGGCGUUGGUGUUCUUCAUGAGGGCAGGUUUCAGGGAUAGUCCAAAAUGGGCAAUGCUUUUCUGGGAGGGAGAUCAAAUGGUUAGUUGGCAAGCAAAUGAUGGGAUUAAAAGUGCUGUUGUUGGCCUGCUUAGCAGUGGAAUUUCUGGUUAUGCUCUUAAUCACAGUGAUAUUGGAGGCUAUUGUGCUGUGAAUAUGCCUCUGAUCAAGUAUCAUAGGAGUGAAGAGCUGCUUUUGAGAUGGAUGGAAUUUAGUGCUUUCACCACUGUAUUCCGGACUCAUGAAGGAAAUAAACCAUCCUGCAACUCCCAAUUCUACUCUAAUCAUAACACAUUAUCACAUUUCGCCCGCUUGGCAAAGGUGUACAAUGCUUGGAAAUUCUACAGAAUCCAACUUGUUAAGGAAGCUUCUAAGAAGGGCCUUCCGGUGUGCCGCCACUUAUUUCUUCACUACCCAGAAGAUGAAUAUGUUCAGACAUUAACAUACCAGCAGUUCCUAGUUGGAUCGGAGAUUAUGGUGGCACCUAUAGUUGACAAAGGUAAAAGAGAAGCAAAGGUGUAUUUUCCUUUGGAAGAGAACAAAAUUUGUUCUUGGAUACAUAUUUGGACAGGAAAUGUGUACAGUUGUCUAGGUACUGAAGCUAAGGUAGAUGCUUCAUUAGGUUAUCCAGCAGUAUUUGUUAAGUCUGGAUCAUUAGUUGGUGAAACUUUCCUACAAAAUUUGAGAGAUUUUGAAAUUCUAUGAUGCUAUAUAUGAAGAAGUGCAAGGUAGCAUGUCACGACAUCGAGUCUAAGAGAUGCUGAUUGUAUAUGAUGAAACCAUUCAUUUAUUUUUAGAAAUGAAAAGAAUUCAUUAUUUAAAAUA